AUGAAGUUAUGUGCUGUCUCUUCGCUCCUCAUUGUUGGGUAUAAUUCGAUUUUUCCAGCUCCCCCAGAGCUAUCUGGGCAACGACAACGCCAUACGCCUGACAAAGUUAAGGUGGAACAGUGGUCGGCCCCUCGUGAAUCUGUAUCACCCUUGUCAGCCAGAGGGACUCCGGAGACGAGCUCAGCCACGACAAUCCCGCUUCUCGUUCCGACCACAUCCAGCCCAGCCAGAUUAGCUACCGUCAUUGUCUCCGUCCCGAGUGUCACCGUCAGCCAGUCGACUGUCUCAGGCGGUGAGACACAGGCUGCCAUCUCGCCCAUCAGUUCAAGCUAUCUGCCCGUCUCAGUGAGCUCAUCGCGUCUCUCCUUGGCUCCUUCCAUGGCCUCGAGUCUUCAGGCCCCGCGUCACUUGGUGUCCCAUCAUCCAACUAGUCAUAAAACACAGAAUCAGCAACAACUUUCAUCGCACAUUAUUUCGACUCAUCCUCUCUCUGCUGCCAAUUCAUCCCAACUCCUUCGGCCCACGCCUCUUGGAGUCGGGCUGCGGAUCCCAUUUGCUGAGUCUAUUGAGCCAAUUGAUACGAAUGUUGACUCUAUGCCCUAUCUUCCACCAGGGCUGUCCUGCGAUCCGGCAGACCGAAAUCUAAGGUACAUACGUACCACUGGGCGUCUGUCGAUUGGUCAUCUGUGGGGCCCCUAUCCGAUUCAGCGAAGGCCGGCCAGAGACAAGUCCACGGGUUCGCCACUGCCACCGCCACAACUUAACACCACUUCCACCGGGUCUUCCCGUCUGCAAACAGGGCAGGUGUCACUACUAUUAAAAGUCCCAUCGCAUACUGACAGUGAGUCGGAGGAUUUCCAGUGGAUUUGUCUCGGGGAAGAGCACCUCUGGAUUCAGCUCAUCUGCGAGGCCGGACUUUAUGACCGACCGGUUCGACGGACCAACGUUGAGCUGAUCGUGGAUAGUAGGCUUAUACCAUAUAUCUAUUUAUCUAUGAAUGCAUAA